AUGGUAACCUUUAGUAAAGCUAUAGGUUAUUGUUACAACACUAAUGCUUCAAAGUUGCUAACACCAUUAUGUGGAGCAAUCUUCUCUCUUGACUCAAUUAAAAACAUGGCACAAGGCCUUGGUGUCGAAAAAGUCAAAUGCUUAAGAAUUGUUAAUGAAAGUACCACUUUCGGUGGCCAGUACCUCCCAGACUCAGACAUAGCAUGUGCAGUGGUUUGUAUGAUAACAUCAACAAAAAAAUUAAGUGACAAACAUGUUAGAGAUUCAAUGAUUUCAAAAGUUGUCAAACAAUACAUACAUCAAGGUAAAGAAUACGUACAUACAAGAUUCACCACCUUUGCAAAAUAUGCUGGUGAUGUACCACCAGGACUAGAUUCCCUCACACUCAUAGAGAUGUAUAAUGCAGUCCAGAGUGUGUCAUUGCCCUUUAGAAAACUUAAAAUUAAAUUAGGUUUUAGCAAUGAAAAGAUUCUACCUUAA